AAUGUGUCAAUGAUUGAUGACAUUAUCACGAUCCCAAAGCCUGCUCCUCUAUUGCCUGCUGAUCUGUGUCAGUGUUGUGUGUGUGUGCUUUCUGUGUGUGUGGGCUGGGCUGCCUGCUGUCACAGCAUUUUAUCUCCCCCCAUUGCCUGGGGAAUUCCAGACUAGGAUCUCUCAGAUUGUGGAUCCAUCAUCCUCCACUCACUGCAACUGUGACCCUGCCUCUGCCAGCCACAGAUAUAGUCCGUCCGUGACACUGAUUUUGUCUUUAAUAUUGGUGCUGAUGGCAUCUUAUGGC